UCACAAAAACUACAUUAAUAAAAUUUUCAAGUAAUGGCUGAGAUUUACGAAGUCAAAUUCUACAAUGAUGAACUUGAAGUCACUGUGACUAAAAACGCCUUUGUUGUUAACGACUGGAUUCUGCAAACUGUGCAUACCCAUCGUCGAAGGCUCCACAAGCUUCUCGUUGGUCUCGAUAUCGAGUGGCUACCCUGUUUCAAGCCAGAGGAAAAUCACCCAGUUGCUCUCCUCCAGCUCUGUGUAGGACGACGUUGCUUACUAUUCCAACUCCUCCACAAAGACGCAGUUCCAGGAUUCCUCGUGAACUUUCUUGGGGACCCGAAUUUCAAGUUUGUUGGGGUCGGGGUUAAAGGAGACGCGGACAAAUUGCUUCGCGAUCAUAAGUUGUUUGUGUCGAAUACUGUGGAUUUGAAUCGAUUGGCAUUGUCGAUUUAUGGAGAGGAAGUGUAUGGGAAAAUGGGAUUGAAGAGAAUGGCGAGAGAGGUGCUUGGGAAAGUGAUGGAGAAGCCAUUGAAUGUGACAUUGAGUAAGUGGGAUGCAGAGGAAUUGGUGUAUGAACAAGUUGAAUAUGCUGCAAUCGAUGCUUUUGCGUCGUUUGAGAUUGGGAAGAAUUUGUUUAAUUUAGUGUGGGAAAGAGAGAGAGAGAACCACCCUCGUGUUGUUAAGAGGAAAUAUUUGAAUUGCCAUCAUCAACCGCCAUUGUUGUUGCUGCAAGAUACACAGGGGAUGUUUCGAACACUUGCUCUGUUUUGAAUAUGAAAUACAAUACCAUAAAGUGAAAGAACUUUGGAAAUUUGUUUCUUUUCUAGAAUCUUUGUAAUAGUAGCAGUUUGUAUAUUGUAUAAAUUUUUUCCAGUUUCUUGAAAA